UAAAGGAAAACCAAACGGAAAGGGAGAGGGGGAGACGGCUUCAGCAGAGGGGACAUUCCUACAGCGCCUCCUUCACAACCGCAAUCAGACAACCAGAUUUGAAUGCUCAUAACGACAUACUGUAGGAUAAUAGUCAGCGUUUUUUUACUUCAAUGUACUGUAUAUUUUUAUCUUCAAUGUUAAGCCGAGCAUAUCUUCCAAAGAAGUGGUCUGUAUCGAUUUCGUAUAUUUUUAUUGUGUUUAUCCGUGUUGUUUUGAUAAGCCUCGCCUGUGGAUGAUGAUUUGACACUUCUAUUACUUUUUAUGUGAGGGGAGAGUAAAAAGCACAAUCCCAUUAUUUUUAAAUGGGCGUCAUUUUCUGAAAUUCACAGAGUGGAGAGAAAAACCGAGUUUGAGAGAGAGGAGACAUCCGUUUGAUAAGUGAUAGUGAAGAAGGCGGACAUUGUUAUCCUCCACACACCACGCAAUAGGACAAGCAUGAGUCUGGAUUCAUAUUUUUUGAGUGACUUCAAAGCCUUAUGGUUUGAUUGUUUUUCUAUGGUGAAUUUCAAAUGACUGCCUCUCAUAGGUUCAUAAUCAAAAGGAAUGCAUGUUAUGCCAUGAACAAAUCCUUGAAACAGAGGGAAUACAACAUUUACUCGGACAACGAACGCAGAUGCUCUGCAGCAGGUCUUUUCUGAAAAGACGUGAAGAUCUCAGUGAAAGAACAUUGUCAUAUCUUUGUCCAAGGUUUUGCGUUAUAGGAUUACGAGCCAGCUACAAUAAAAACGAAAUAACGGAUUGAAGCAGCAUGAAAACCUCACCCUGCCGACGGUAACCAAGGAAAAGAAAGGGGAAACAGGACAGACAGUAAUGCAUACUUGUUUCAUAAAGGCCUCUAAUCACAGAUUAUCAUGUGAGAUUUGAGAGUGAUUGAUUGACAUUUGACAGAACAAAUAUUGCCAUUGUUGCUUGGUUUUGUUAUAGCAAUAGCGACCUUGUUCAGGGCAUUUUAUAGCUCAUAGAAAAACGUAAAUUUCAUAAUGUGAAACAUGUGCACUGUUCCCAUUAUCCAUAGGCAAAGCCAAGAAUUGCUGUUGACCUACAUUUGUUUCAACGGUGGGAAAGAGACAGUUGAUAGUCACAAUUCAGGGCAGACUAAAAAGCUUGUUUUUCAUGCCCCAUUGCAGAGCAUCCCAGGAAUUAAAGGCUACAGUUAUUUUACCCUCAACUGCCUGUAAUCAGGAAAGUCAUUUUUUCUCAGGUUAUUGUAUUACAAUCAGUUAAAACAAUAUGGGGAGUGACAGUGAGAUUUACAACAGAGAGUUGUCAAAGAUGUCUGACGAGGAUUUACUCGCCUGCUCUAAAGAAGAACUGGUGAGGCGACUGCGUAAAGAGGAGUCUGAAAAGAUCUCUGCUCUUAUCCAGCGUGGACGACUGAUAAAAGAAGUCAACAAACAAUUACAAGGCCACCUGCUUGAGAUCAGGGAGCUAAAAACCAUCAACCAGCGUCUCCAGGAAGAAAACACAGAACUGCGCGACUUGUGCUGUUUUCUUGACGAUGACCGACUCAAGGUGAAUAAACUGGCCCGGGAAUGGCAGCUGUUCGGUCACCACGCAGCCAAAGUGAUGCGUGAGGAUCUGGGCGGCUACUUGAAAAAACUGUCCGACCUAGAGCGCAUGCAAGACGGAUUAGUGAAGGAGAAUCUGGACCUGAAAGAGCUCUGUCUGGUCCUGGAGGAGGAGUGUGUCAGCAGGAGUGACUCCAGUCCCGGUGGAUCCACCGAGCUCAACCUGCCGUGCAUGGUGUCCCGAGACCUCGGGGAUGGAAGUUCAAGCACUGGGAGCGUUGGUAGUCCGGACCAGCUCCACCUGGUUUGCUCACCGGAUGACUGAAGAUGGAACAGAGCUGGAUACUUUCACUGAUUAGUGAAAAAGCACGAUACAGCGAAAUAUGGGUCGAGGAAAUAUGUUGACAUUGUAGGAAUAUAAUUGUUUACAGCAUUCAUUGCUAGAACACAAACUUUGUUGGGAUUCUUUUAAGAAGAUAGCAUAUUACACGAAAUACAGCAACAUCUCCAAAAUAGCAGCCAGUCAGGUGUGCCUUCAGCACCUGCUGCUGUCCUAACGAAAACUUGAAAAAUAAUCCUGAAGAGAAAAUAAAAAUGCUGUUUCCUGGAAAGAUGACAGCCCUACAGAGACAUUAGACACUAAAGAUCAAGAUUUUUUGGAAUUAUAAUUUCUCAAUUUGUAUUUAUUUUUUUGACCAAUCUUGUCAGAGGUUUUCCUCUUUUCAGUGAUUGAGACUGUAUAUGGUUAACAUUAGAAGGUGUUGUUGGAAGGAGGUUGAGUUAGGAUGUUAUCUCAUGCACUGGACUGUCAUGGCACCGUAUUGCACUGGACAAAGCUACCAUGGAUCCCUGUAGAUUCAUAUCUCAACACAGAUUUGAGCCAUACUAGUACAUGAUAUCCAAAACCAUUGAAAAAUUUGAAGGGUGAGUUUUUUUUGUGAGAGACCUUUAAAUAACAUUUAAAUCAUGUAGAUUAUGCAUUUAGUCCCUCAGGUCAGGAUUGGAGUGCUGUGUGUAUGAAAACACAAACUAACAAUGAAAUUGUGUAUUAUCAGCGCUGUCUUGGCAGCCCUUCAGUUUUACACUGAAAUUGCACGAGAGACAUAGUGUGCUACAGUAAUUUAGGCUGUACAAUACACUAAACAUGGCACCGCUGGUUUGUGUCUUACACCUGCACCUAUGAACUGAACUCACUCAGAACUGAACUGCCCAGGAAGUUCUCAACCAGCCACUUUUGUAUCAAACUGGUAGGUCUAGACUACGAGAUGAUGGAUUUAUAGAUGCUGGCGACUAGGCAAGACACAUUUCUUUAUUAUUGUUAUGAUUAUUAUAACUGCUUCACAUUUUCUGUAUAAGUUGCCAGUAGUCAGGAUCCCGAUAUAACUCAUGUUUUGUGGUAAUUCUGUAGAGCUACUCUCUCAUUGUCUUCAUUAACUUGACCUAUCAGUAUUACUUCAUUAAUGAAUACACAUUUCUGUUUUCUGCUUAUAAAACAUGCUCCUGGAUUGGA